CCAUUUCCUCUCUCAGCUCAACCACUUCCAGUUUACCUCUUAAAAGAAACAUAUUUUCCUUUGUCCUCUGUAUAUUUACCUGGGAUAUUUCAUUGAAGCUUGAAAGUCUGAUUGGUUUCUAAACCCUUUUGCUUGAAAAUUUCGAAAGACCCUUGUCUUGAACAAGUGCUCAGAAACAAAAUUCAUGGCCUUUGAGCAGUAUUAUGCAAACGAGUGGAAAUCGAUCUCUACUCCAGCUUCAUCAGACUCAGAGAAGACUUCUGCCUGCUUUGAUUGCAUCAUCUGCUUGGACUUUGCUCGUGAUCCGGUUGUUACACUUUGUGGCCAUCUCUAUUGUUGGCCUUGCAUUUACAAGUGGUUUCACUUCCAGAGCAACUCACAGUCUUCAGUUGAACGCCCUCAAUGCCCAGUUUGCAAGGCUGAAAUCUCCCAAACAGAUUUAGUCCCUCUUUACGGGCGUGGGAAAACACUGCCUGAAUCUGAGCCUGAUAACAAGCUCACUUUAAAAGUACCUCCCAGACCACCUGCAUUUGGUCCAUUAUCAUUGUCAAAUUCCUCUAAUCCUUCUCAGCAACUGCCACAUCCUAAUGCCAGUUACCUCAACAGUUCAUCGCCUUCUUCGUUCAAUCUUGGAAGCAAUACAGCUGCGGGAGUCUUUAAUCCAGUUGUUGGAAUGUUUGGAGAGAUGGUUUAUGAUAGGGUAUUUGGGAACUCAGAGAGUUUAUAUACAUAUCCUAACUCCUAUCAUCUAGUGCGAAAUAGUAGCCCAAGAUUAAGAAGACAGGAAAUGCAGGCUGACAAGUCUUUGAACAGAAUUUCCCUUUUCCUCUUCUGCUGUUUUCUUCUUUGCCUAUUGUUAUUCUAGUUUCAUUGAGGCACUCUUUUGUCCCCUUUCCCCCUCCCACUUUUCAUCCUGUACACAUUGUACAAAACUGAUGUUGAUAAGCAUCAAGUCAUUAAAAAUCAUAUACAUAUGUGAGAUGAUAAUAAGCAAAAUUUUGGCUG